UCCGUCCUCAUCUUGGAAACAGAAGGGAAGAUUUCAGUCAGUUCUGCCUGGAUCAUAGCUUCUACAAGAGGUUUGGCAAAAGCACCCAUUGCAGAAACCUAGGAAGGCCACUCCUCAAGUUGGAGAAGAUUCUCAAAAUGGUCAUCUCCCACCUGGCUGGCAAAGUUAUAUGUCUCCCCAGGGGCGAAGAUACUACGUGAACACUUUCACCAAUGAGACUACUUGGGAGCGGCCAAGCAGUGUCCCAGGAACUCCAAAGAAUUUAGUGACCCAGAAGAACUCCUUGCCUACAGUAAACGGAUAUCACAUACCAGGCACGUUGGCAUCCCAACUAGAACCAGGCCACAUGAGUCUCCGCAAAAUCAGCAGUGACCCCCAGAGUCCUGGGUCUCCAUCACCUACUCGAAAACAGAAUAAGGAGAACACCUUUACGAUAAACUGUGUGACUUUUCCCCACCCCGAUGCAAUGCCAGAACAGCAGUUGCUGAAACCUUCUGAAUGGAGCUACUGUGAUUAUUUCUGGGCUGAUAAAAAGGAUCCCCAAGGGAACAGUACAGUCUCGGGAUUUGAAAUUCUUUUACAGAAACAAUUGAAAGGAAAGCAAAUGCAGAAAGAAAUGGCAGAAUUUAUUCGAGAAAGAAUAAAAAUUGAAGAAGAAUAUGCCAAGAAUUUGUCUAAACUAUCCCAGAACUCUCUGGCUGCCCAGGAAGAAGGGACACUCGGUGAAUCCUGGUCUCAACUGAAAAAAAGCAUGGCUGAUGAGGCAGAGGUUCAUCUUAAAUUCUCCUCUAAGCUCCAGGCUGAAGUGGAAAAACCUCUGCUCAACUUCCGCGAAAACUUCAAGAAAGACAUGAAAAAGUAUGACCAUCAUAUUGCUGAUUUGCGGAAACAGUUGGUUAGUAGGUAUGCAGCAGUGGAAAAGGCUCGAAAAGCAUUAACAGAGAGGCAAAAGGAUUUAGAGAUGAAAACACAGCAGUUGGAGAUAAAACUGAGCAACAAGACAGAAGAGGAAAUUAAAAAGGCCAGGCGGAAGUCUACUCAAGCUGGAGAUGAUCUCAUGCGUUGUGUGGAUUUGUAUAACCAAGCUCAGUCAAAAUGGUUUGAAGAAAUGGUAACCACCUCUCUGGAACUUGAGAGGCUAGAAGUAGAGAGGGUGGAAAUGAUUCGGCAGCACCUUUGCCAAUAUACGCAGUUACGACACGAGACAGACAUGUUCAACCAAAGUACAGUGGAACCCGUGGAUCAGUUGCUUCAGAAAGUGGACCCAGCCAAAGAUAGAGAACUGUGGGUAAAAGAACAUAAAACCGGUAACAUCAGACCUGUGGAUAUGGAAAUAUAGACUUCUGUGACCAGGUGGGCUUUUGGCUCCACCAAGUUCGAGGGAAUUCCCUAAAGCUUCAAGAGGAGGAACAGGAGAGAUGUUCCACUGUCAGCUUCCGUAACUAUUUAUUAUUGUCUGUAAGGACUAUUUCUGUCAUGUUUGAUCAUUAUUCCAUUCCUAUAGUGCUAUGCCUUAAACAUCCAACAUUCCAGGGUUGAGAAGCUACUCUUUUUCCUUCUUUUUGAAACAGGCUCAUAGCAGCCAAGCACGUGCCACUCCCAUGAUCAAUUGCUGGGUCUGUUUGCUGGUACAAAAAGAAUUUUGCUAUUCUGUGAUUAUCUAUUUUGUGCUACUCCCCUUGCAUGAUGCUCUGUUUUGUACUGUAAUGUUAAGACACAAUAAGGCUGUGCCAAACAUAUGGACGGAUGAGUUUGAAUGUGACUCUGGAAGCAGAGAGGUCCUCCUGAACUUUCCCACCGAAUUAGGUGGGAGUGGGGAGAUGGUUUUAACCCCCUUCCUUCUCUCCCAUCUACACUUUAUGAAAUGGAUUUCGUAAUGCUUACCUACCUCACAGGGAUGUUGUGAGGAUAAUAUCUGUAGAGUAUUAUGUUUUAACAACCAUUGUCUCCUAUAACUACAAAUGCUAUUGCAAGGCUACAGUGAAAAGGCUUUUUCAGGUAAAGAAAAUGAGGCCAUGGGUCAGGAGACAAUGGACCCAAAGAAAACCGCUUGGGUUGGCCCUCUUUUACACUGUCUCUCAGGUACUACUUACUGGCUGCAGUCCUCAAGCUACUUGUGAUCUUGUUGACUUCUCCAGGAUCUGCAGAAACGAUCAGAGAAUUGGAACCAUUGACCCCCAAUAGAAAAAGAGCACUCUCGAGGCCCAGAUGCCUCCCAUCAGGUGUGCUUCAAGAGUCUUUGGAAGACUGUAAGAAACCGAAUUCAAAGUGUAUCUCAAUCUGCCAAAUAACCUACAUGAAACUAUUAGAGGCCAGGACCUUCCUAGCCAAUAUGUCUUCCCUGAUAACCGAUUUUGUGCUCAUGUCACAAAGAUCUCUGGAUGGAUGACCCAGCAAAAUUCAAGUGGAACUUGGGUUUGGGGGAAGAUUUUGCAUGCCUUUGGCUCUUGAGUUCCCACACUCUGGCAGCUAUUUUAAAAAGUGUUUUAUUUUAUAACGGAGUUCAGGCCAUAUUAAGUCCCAUUGCAAAGCUAUCAGAUGGCCAAAAAUCAGCACAAGUGAGUUAAGAAGUGACUAUAUGAAAUCCAGCCAAAGAUGCAUUAUACUGCUAGAUAUUUUCAGAAGUGCAGCUAUUUAUGACGGUACUACAAGGCCUUACCAAUUUAUCCUGAGCUCCUGUAUUUGAGAAACUGCUGAGGGGAAACCAUCCUGUUCUUCGUUCUCCUUUUUUCAUUUGUCUUGCAAUGGUGUUUGUAUAGCACAAAUAUUUGCUUCAAGUAUCAGAGCUUUAAUUUUUUGUACUGCCAAGUAUUUUGUUUGAACAUGUGUCAUAAACAUCUACUCUUCAUUUCUUUAUUUCCUAAAUCAUUUUUUUUUUCUGGAAUGCAUUUGUCAGUUCUUUGACCAGACUUCCCAUCAGCACUAUAACUCUUGCCCUUUCUAUUUUCAAAGUAAUGAUUUUAACUUAAACUACAGAGAAGUAAUAUAGAUAACCUGAGCCUCUUGAACUCGAAAAUCUUAUGGGAGGAGGUUGGGGGUGAAAGAUGGCAUUGUUUUGCUUGAUUAUUUGAUGCUUACAUUGUUAAAUAUGAAGAAAACGAUCACACAAGCUAUUCCAGUUAGUUACAGCUCAAAUGUGCCUUCAUUUGAUUUUCGUUUUUUUGGGGUUUUGUUUUUUGGCCUUUUGGCUUGCUUUUUGCUACCAAUGAAAUCCCCUUUUUCCAUUUCUAGUGUCAUCACAGGUUUAUAAUAAGAAAUAUAAUUUGUCUUUUUCCCAAGAAGCUGACUGUCAAGAUUUGCAAAAAGUACAAUUUAUCCUGCUGGUAUGUGUGGGUAAAUUAAGGCCUGGACAGAAAACAACAUAAAAAGAAUUUCUAAGACAUCUAUUUAGUUCCUUUCCUGUUUUGAAGCUUGUGAUAUUUCUGUAUUCUUUGCAUCCUUUCUGUAGCUGAUGGUUUUCAGAGCUUCCUUCAGUCGUUGCCCAUUGAUUUUUUGGGCUUUUUCUGUUUUUCAUACUUGACACUGUUUGUAUAUUCUCUUGAUAAAAUGGACUGCAGUUCUUUGUACAUUUCACUCCAAAUUUCUUCACAGUCAUCAAGCAAUAUAAAAGAAACUGCUCACAGCAAAUUACCAAAAUUGCCUGCCCUUUCCAAAUUAUAUUCUAAGGACUCCACUUUAAUUGGAUUGAAUUUAAAAUAUCUUUAUCUUAUUUUUCUAGAUAAAAAAGUAUUCAAAGCACCUUAAUUGCAAAUGUGAGACACUGCCUGGAUCAUUUGGUUUUCAUGUGUUUGCUGCUUGCUAUCAACUAACAAUUGUCUCCUUUUUCUUAUACCUACAUCUCUCAUCAUUAUCUUACCCAUUACUGUGCUUUUCUCUGCUUUCAUUGAAACUCCAGGGACUGGUGAUAGCAAAAUGUGGUUUGAUUACAGAAAACUCCCCAAGAUUUUGCAGAAGAUUGUAAACAGAUUCAUAGGUCUCUUGCUGUGAUUAUUUCAAACAAUACAGUGUAUUUCCCUGACUAAAUUCUGACAAUCUAUGUCUUCUCUUUCAAGUUCUACAUUUCUUUUAAAACAUUAUUAUUUUAUAUGAAGGAUGAAAAUGCGUAUUGCUCACCAGCAUCCCUUUUAUGCUCCCCAGGAACCCCAAAAGUGGGUUGGGGCAAAAAGAUUGGAACCUUUUUGGGUGUCUUUUGGGGGCUUGACGUUUUAAGGGGCAAAAUGAAUGCAGUUGCUUAAGAUACUAACACAGUUGCCUUGCAGUUGCUUAAGAUGCUAAUUUCACCACUUAAAACUUCUCAAGCCACCACGGUCUCAGGGUUUUUUUUGUUUUUGUUUUUGUUUUUUUGUUUUUUUAGUUCAGCCCUCAACAUGUCAUGCAAAGCUCAGUGUGCCCUCAGUCUGAUGGAAGUUGCACACCUCAGACAGCAACCACAUACCAUUUGUGUCACUCAUGUAGUCACUCCUGUAUGGCCAUGAUAAUUGUAACCAGGGAUCAUAGUGAAAGAGCAAGGUCUCAAUUGUUGAUUUACUUACAACUUCUGUCUUUUGGGGUCCAUUAGUUAUGCCCUAAGAAUUUGAGGGAAAGUAAUCAGCAAUUACUUUCUUCCACAUUGUUCUGGCUUGGUAGAAGUCUUUUCACCAGCUUCUUCAGAAAUAUUGAGCUGUCAAAUUUAUUUGGCCCAUCCCACUCAAAUCACCAGUGCUGCCUUUAGUAUUCUUCUUCCAUUUCUUUUUCCUAGGACAAGAUAGAACUCACUUGGAUGCUUUAGUUGAAGUUCUCUUUCACCACCUAAAGCAGCUGUGGGUGAAACCUGCAUAUUUCCUCUUCAGCUGGCUCUUUGGAACAUUCCACUGCUCAGUUACGUAGAUGCUUCCUGACUUGUGAUUUGGUCUAGUGAUAUCUCUACAUCUAGACUUUCUUGGCUGCAAAAUGUAGAACGAGAAAGCCAUAUAUUAGAAAUUCAAAGGGAGAAGAGGAUUAGCAUGCCAAGCUUAUGAGUCUCUCUCUCUGUUUUUGAAACUCAGCGCCUCACUGCCUUUUUAAUAUGCCUGCUGUGACCCUUUUACAUUCCAGUGGAUCUGUCACUGGAUUUUUUUUUUCUUCGCAAAUAUUACUUACUGCAUUCUUUCUACAUGACAUUUUGGUAUGACCUACAAUUGUGGGAUGAUUUGCAAGUGUACUUUGUGCCUUUUGCUUUAUGGAAUGUUUAUAUCGGUCCAUAUUUAGCUUGGAUGUCCAUCAGAUUAGCCAGACAUUUACAACUUGAUUUUGUUUAAUGUGGUUUCUAGCUGCUUAAUCUCUCUUAAUUACAUAGCUCCCAUUCUUUAAAAACUUCCCAAUGCUCAAGAUUUGAUUUAUUCUUCUUCAAGAUUCACAAGGAAGAUUGUAAUGCUUUGUGAAGUUUUCAUUCUAACUAGCAUCUUGAGAAAAGGUAUGAUAGAAAAUUAUUAAGAGAGGAUUUCAUUUUUGCAAAGGAAGCACUUUUGGAUUACUUAAAUAGUAAUCUGAAGUUUGGCAGAUUUUUAGUUCCGUGUCAGUGUAUAGAUGAAUGCAAGCAUAGAUCAACAAUGUAAUGUACGUCAAUGUUGUAAUAUGAAGGGCUUCUUGUUUAAUAUUCUGGAUAUGCCAUUCUAUUUUCCCCCCUUCAUGAUUACAUGUUCACUGAGCAUCAUCUGUUCUCACUGAGCUAGUUGGAGGGUUCCUUCCCAAAGGUUUUCUAAAAAUAUCACUGCACUUUUGCAAACUUUGAGGGUCCCCUGAACCUAUUGUUAUUUCUGUCCUGAAAAUAGAUAGUGGCAUUUUAUAUAAGGAUUGGCAUUCAGAAAAUUGAGAAACUCUUAAUAUAUGAUAAUGUUCUUCACAGGUUGUGUUGUAUCCAAAUAGAAUGUGAUAUUUUGGGUUCUGUGUGGGCUUUCAUCCUGUACCAUCUGCCCCCAAUGGGAUCUGUAUUGUUUUAUUUUGCUGACUAGUUAACUCAUUCCCAAUACAUGUCAGUGUGAUUUGUCACAGAUGCAGUCAGAUCUGGAGCACGCAGUUAGGUUCUUCCAUGUUAAAUCUACUGACCACAGCAAAUUCUCUGUUGUGGAACCUCAGUUCUGUUCUUUCGUGAUCUUCAUGAUGUGACAAUACACCUCUGCUUUUCUUAUUUUAAUAUUGUGUCUCUGUUGUGAGUAAGGCUGAGCAGGCUUGACACUCAAUUUCCAGUCCUGAAUUCAGUGAAGAAAGGUCAAGGGUAUGUGCGAUUUCUCCAUUUAUGUUUUUCUCAUAGGUUUCUUUAAAUUAUUUCUAGUUUAGUACAGGAAUAAGCCUAAGCAAAUAGGUUUAUCCUUUUUUAGUGCAAUCCUACCUGCUAUUCAGAAUUACAUUCUCCUGUAUUGGAAUUGAAUUCUUCCUAGCUGGCAUCUUUAAGAAGGUAACCUUCAUGGCUCACAAGGAAGGAAAGAAGUAACAAUCUUGUUGUUGUUAAAUUAAUGACACAGCAUGUUAAAAUUCCUGCUGUAAGACACACUUCUUUGGAGGAACUCAGAACCAUUUCUUAUGCUUUUAAGGGCAUUGUCCUCCCAGGCUGAUAAAGUAUGAAAAAGUUUAUUUUCUGUACAGGUCUUUCCCUUUCCCCUCAUUUCUCUGCACCAGGGAUGAAGCCCAAAUUAAGAUUCUUAGAUCUUUCCAGUGUGCAUCUUCCUCUAUCAUAUUUCCCUGCAUGCAGCAAACAUUUUUGCUCUGCUUAGCCCAUGCCUAGGGAGAAAUGGGAAGGCAAAGCCAACUUCUGCUUUCCAUUAAAGAAAGUGCAAGUUUCUCCUAGACUUAGUUGGGCAGUGUAGCCCAACUAUCAUCACAGCCGCUUUCUUUUGGCAUGGUGACUCUGCAUUCUGUUACUAACCCAGGGUUGGAUGUGAAAGUGGCAGAGAAAGGCGAUCAUAAAGCUAACUUUAAGUUUCCAUCUUUCAAGAAAAUGGGGAGAAAGGAAGGUGACAGAUAGGACCAAUGCCAGCUGAUUUUUUUAAAAGCAGCCAUUCUGAAGGCAAUGCAAGAGAAAAACAUCACAAGCAAUUAACCUGUGCAGGAGUUUGGUUUGAGCAAUUUGACGAUCAGAUUGGUUAAAAGAAAAUGUUUGGUAAAUAUCUAUAUGAGAUUUAUGGUCAUCAGUAACUACCCAGAUUAGCUUUCCCUUAUUUGCCCUUUUUGCAGGAAUUGGAAGGGACAAAUCUGUAUUAGUUGCCCUGUUUUGUACAGAUUUUCCUCCUCAUAACCAAGAAUAGCCACCAUCACAUUCAGGAUGAUAAUAAUUGUCCUAAGGUUAUGUUUGAGAGACACCAAUACUAGGAUCCUUUCUGAUUCUUUUUUUCCCUUAUAGAUUUAUUCAUCAGAUAUUUGGAAUUCAGAAAAUAGAUGGCUGGGCCAUUAAUAUACUAAUGGCCAUGGAGCAAUAUAUGCAAAGAAUCAAUAUCUUUGCAUGUGUUGUGAUGCCUCUGAUUUGUCAUCACUCAAGACUAUAGCACAUUGUACAAAGCAAGUCACUGAUGGCCACAGUGGAAAAUUAACAUUUGAAAUAGCCUUCUGAGACUUUUUAGAUAAUAAUUCCAAUAGCAGGUAGAGUUGGUUUAGCAAUGUCUAAAGGAAUCUCCACUGCAACAUUAAUAUGAACCCAUUUUUUUUCAAUUUUCAAUCAGUAAUAUAGUGUCCCUGGCUAAGAAAGCUAGUCGAAGUAUUUUUAAAGGUUACUUACAUUAUAAAUCUCAAAAUAGACUGGUGGAACAGGAUCUUCUGGGAAUGCUGUUGUGCUUUUUUUCUGACAGCAGGAUGAACAUUCAGCUAAAGACAAUUUGCACAUAUGAAAAGGGGGAUUAAAGGCUUGUUUUCCAAAUAUUUUGACUGGGAAAUUUCUAUACACCACGUUUAUUUACAUUGUAAGUGAAUAUAUAUCAAUUUAAAAGUCAUAACUUCUUUCAAAGAACCUUGGAAAUAAUAGUUUGAUGAAUGGGGUGACAAUAUUUUAUUAGAGAUUCUUACCCUCCUGUUCAGAAUUAUAGUUUCCAGAGUCAUCUGGAGAGAGGAGACAUCUAUCAGGAUAAUUUAGGAAUAUAGUUAUGAACUUGGUUAAUACCAGUGCUUGUGUACAUAAUAUGGAUAAGAAUAUGUGAAUGGUGUAAAUAAAUAAAUUUUAUGUAGUCCAAUACCUUGAACUCUUUUUCUGUCCACCAGUGGAUAUUCCUUGCUUUGCUAAUGCUUUGCCAAAGCAUAGCAAAGAAUUAUUAUGGGCGGUGUUUCUGCUGAAAGCAGCUGGAGAGGUAGCUAAAUAUAUUGAGACAAGCUCAAAGGUGCAGAGAUGAUAAAAGGCCCUCUUGAUAAAACCCACUAGGAUUUAUCAAAGUGGAUUUUAAACUUCACAGACAUAGCAUGCAGUUGCAUCUCACCAGGAAGGAAAAGAAGAGUAUGUGAGGCUUAGGUGGGAAUUGGAUCUAAUCAUCCCUUUGAAUUGCAGAAUUCAAUUCAGUUUUAGUUGCUUUUGGAUCAAUUUUAGAGCUCCAUGGACUUUUGUGCAAAGUUAAAUUGAAUUGAUGAUUCAAAUUGAAUUGACCAUCCUUUGAAAUAGAACAUGGCUGAUUUGCACAACUCUCUCAAAACAUUCUCAGCAAUUUGAUGAGCGUUUGCUCUCAAAUAUAGUCUUGAACACUGUACAAUGUACCAGGAGAUGGCACCACAUGCAUCCCAUGUUGCCAAGCCAGGGUGGAUUUUCUUGCUUAAUAUUUCUGUAACUUUCACUUGCUUUUCAUCUAAGCAUGUCAACAAAAAUGUUCAUAAAUCAAAUGGAUGUAAAACAUCUUCCAAGAUGUUUUGGCAGUUUGCCACUAUCGUUUGCUGAAGAGCAAGGCAAGGCUAUAAUAGCCAUAAAAGAGCGGUAUUCCCUUGCUAGUUUAAUAUUCCCACAUGCAGGACUCUUGCAGGUGUAUGAGACAGUAAAGCUUUCUGGUUAUGUCAUAAUGUCCAUAAAUUCUUCAGCUACUCAGAGUAUUUAAUUUCUUUUUUCUUUGGUCCUUUCAACCCUCCAGCUGGACAAGUGCUGAAAUGCAUUCUCUAUUCAUGUACGAUGAUUUGCUCGCUAAAUCUGUUGAUGAACAAUGCACAAUAAUUUCUUAUUGAGUUCACACAUUACACUAAGCCAAGGUUGGGUAAUCUGCAGACCUUGGGCUCCCCAAUACCCUAAGAUUGUACCACUAAAAUUGGAUAGCAAGGUGGCCAAAUUUCAGUGCAAUUAUUUGGGCUGUUUUUCUUGUUUGGAGGAGAUUUAAGAAUAGGAAUGGUAGUGGUUGCUUCCCAGAAUCCUCUGCUCAUUAAAUAUACAUAUACAUAGCUCAAAACAGACCAAAAUAUUUCAGGCUCUAACCUGAAUUGUGGCUCCUGUCCUUUUAGAAGUUGUCACCCCUACACUAAGCUUUAAUGUUGUUUGUUUUAUUUGGCUUAGUGUGUUCCAUGAAACCCAAUGUUUGUAGUUUAAAAAUUACGGCUGCAGCUUAAUAUUAUGUGUGAACCUGUGUGGCUUAUGUUUUUUUUAAAAAAGCCUGAUUAAAACAAAAAUAGCUUAGCACGUUAUGCUAUGUGGUUACAUUGAUCUUGAUAUACUCUUAUAAUAGAGUCAAAUAUUAGUUUUAUGCUAAAAUUCAGGUGCCAGUUAGGAUGUUUUGAAAGGAUCUGUUCCAAUACAAUCCUGUUCAUGUCAGUGCAGAAACAUGUUCUAUUAUUUUUUCCUGAAUAUAGAUGAAUAGGAUUAUAACUUUAGAGACUUUAGAGAUUUUGCACUUCUGAGGUAAAAAUCCACUUUGUGAAUUUUAAUAGAAUAUUUUUUUACAGAUUUAACAAUAAUAGACUAUCAAACACACAUGCAUCAGGUGUAGAGCCUUGACAUCUUUUACAACUGGUUCUCAUCACACUUAACCAGGCAAGCUCCAGGUUUGGCUAUCUUAGAUCCACACCGAUGCUGUUUUCAAAUUAUUCUGUUUAUUACCUUUUUCUUCAAAGAGAGCUUGUGGAAGGUAGUUUGAAUAAAUUGUAGCAAACGUUUUGGAUUUUUGGAAUUUAUAGAAAGUGGCAUGAGUCUUUGUUAUGCCAUCACUAUACAUAGAUCUUUUGAACCUAAAACAGAGCAAUCCUGGCAAAGAAAAUGAAAGACCAUCUUCAGUGUUUGAGUACUUGGUGGUAGUCAUGCCUAUAUAGUAGCAAUAACAUGUGUUGCCAAACAAGCAAGUGAAUAUGACUGUCAUCAAAAACCUAGCAAAGUGAAUUUAUAUCCCAGUACAAUUAGUAAAACCUGAACCCUAUGCACAUUUACUACUCCCACUGGGUAUAGUAAAAAUUAUUUCCAUGUAAGUGUUCGUACAAACCAUUAUCAUGCUUAAACGUGUCAGUUGCAUUUGAAAUAUGGCAAAUAAAACUUUGUUCAUUUCUCAAACCAAUUUGCAUGAAAAUCUCUAUUUUUCAUUGCUUUUCUCCAAAUUAGCUAAAUUUGCUAUGUAUCCCUCAUAUCAGAGCAAUCCUUUUUAUGCAAACAUGCAUUUCCAAAUGUUUUAGACUGAACACAAGCUAUAGGGAUAAACAAAUUCAGAUAAUGUAUUCAUUUUCAUUAUCCAACAUAACUGUUUUUCAAAUAUACGAGCUUGGGAGGACAGAUUUGGCCAGCCAUUAGCUCUCCUCCAAAGCAGAUUUUUAUAAAGAAAUAAAAUAAAAUAGCAUUGCCUAUCUGGUAUUUUUAUCCUCUACCCUUUUACUAAACACUUUCUAAUUUUUUUACAAUAAAAUGUCUUUUGCCAGCAGUAAUGGCUUUGAGUUUCAUAAUACUUUACUGCUGAUUUUUGGCUAACUAGACAUUAAAACCUUAAUUCAACUGUAAGCCCUGUGUAUUAAUAAUAACAAUGAGUCUUUAAUCAUUGUGAACACUGUUAUACGGCUUUUUUGUCCCAUGCAAUUGUAUCACUAAAAUAUUGUGGCUGAAGAGGUAAAUGCUUGUUAAGAUUCAAGGGAAAUGUUGUCGGUUCAGGUAUGUCUCCUGUGUGUUAAUGUCAAUGGAGUUGCACUGAUUUACCCCAGCUAAAGAUCUAUCCCUUAAAUGUUGAAAGUAUUUGCUAUACAUUUUUUUUGUUUUAUGUACAAACAUUUCCAUAAACAUUGUAUUUUCCUCCUAUUUUAGCAAGUUUGUAUUAUGCACUUGAAAAGCUUUGUCUCAUCUCAUGUAAAAUAAACUGUAC